AUGUCAGGUAUACAUUCGAAAGUUACUACCUGGCUCACACAAGUCACUGACUUUUUAACGGGGAACAAAACAGCCACGACUAUUCCAUUCGAUCCAAAUUCCACGAAGUUUCCAUCGAGAAAGGAUGUUCCGCGAAGAGAAGAUGCACCAGAAGGAGCUGCGUGGGUUUGGGGAAGUGAUGAUUAUAUCGGAAGAUUGAAUCUUCUCACCCCAAGUCGAGUUAUUGCUGCAUCUAGUGAAAUUCAAAGCGGCGAGAUCGUUCCAUUGUAUCUCCCUCUGAACAUGCCAGAAGUACCAGGUUUUAGUCGAGAACCGUUUGAGCAUAAAAUCAAAGAAUUAGCUCCAGGGUUAGCCUAUGACGAUUUAUAUUCAUUGAAUACGCAAUCUGGUACACAAUGGGAUGGAUUCAGACAUAUUGCACACAUAUCAACUGGCAACUUCUACAAUGGGACUAAUGCGAAAGAUAUAGUGGGAGCUGAGAAGGACGAUAAUAAAUGUGGUAUUCAUCAUUGGGCUGAACAUGGAAUUGCUGGUCGCGGUGUCUUGAUUGACUACUGGACUUAUGCUCAGGAGAAUGGAAUUAUCUAUGAUCCGUUUGAUUAUCACACUAUAUCCUACGCUGAGUUGCAAGCAGCUGGAAAGGCCCAAGGAAUUGACAUCCGCCCCGCUUCCCAAGGCGGAAAUAUUCAAAUUGGAGAUCUCCUUUUCGUCCGCUCGGGCUUCGUAUCUACAUACCAUACCAAAUCUCCAGAAGCACGAAAAGCAGCUGCUCUCAGGCCACAUAGCAUGGGACCUGGUGAUGGCCAGCGAUGGGCGGGUCUCAAACAAGAUGAAGAUAUGCUUGAUUGGCUGCACGAUUGUUACUUUUCGGCUGCAGCUGGUGAUGCUCCUGCUUUUGAAGCUUGGCCAUCGCAAGAGCAUUUCAUGUUACAUGAAUAUAUACUGGCAUUGUGGGGUAUGCCUCUAGGAGAAAUGUUCGACUUGGAGAAAUUGGCGAAGACCUGUAAGGAGAAAGGAAGGUGGAGCUUCUUCGUUACAAGUGCUCCGAAUAAUUGCCCGGGAGGUGUAUCUAGUCAUGGAAACGCUAUUGCUAUAUUUUAA